UGCCCCGUCGCUGACAGUGCAUGCGCGCCUAGGCUUUGCGAAAUCGGCAUCCACUCAGUGGCGGGAUGGGAAAAGUGGACGCCCCUCGCGGCAUCGGCCCCUGGGAACCUAACCUAAGCCGACAGGAUUACAGGGGGAGGCUCAUUGCUGUCUGUUGUGCAGCUGGCCGACGCAGGCCGUCGAGUGGGAAUCGGGAGCCAUGGCGGGCAAGGGACGCGGUGCCGGGGGCCCGUCCAAUGACGUCGGCUCGUCGUAGCUCUCUCUUCCCUGAGCUCAACCUUGAAGUCAUCCCACGCGCGAGGCAAAGUUCUACGAAGCUUCAUUAAUACAGUAACGCAGGCUCUCAAGCAGUAAUCCGUAACUUCAAAACUCUUCAAUUCCACCUAAAUCACUCGUCAUAGGAAAACGAACUCGACCACCGCUCACCAAAUCACCUCAAUGGACGCGAUAUCAACCUUCAGCUUCGGCAACCUGGGUUGGCUCGCGACCCAGGCCGUCCCGCUCAUUAUAUGGCCGCGCUUCAUCACCAACCUCCUGCGUCCUGAUGACUACCAGUACGCCGCAGGCUCUCUCGAGGGCUACUUUGCCCGCUCCCUAGGCUUCGCCCUCCUAACCCUGGGCCUCCUCGUCGUAACCCUUUCAGGAGCAGUACCCCUCGCAUCAGAGGACCUAACCCCAGCAGGAACAGUCUCCCCCUACGCAAACGCAGCCCUCAUCCUCUCCUCCAUCCACCACGCCUCGGCCGGCUUCUACUGCUACAGCAGGUGGCUCCGCACCGGCCAGACGGCCUUUGCCCUCGGCUGCCUCGGCAGCGCCGUCUUCGCCGUCUCGGGGCUCUGGUGCCUCAUGUUCGCCGGCGACAAGUCGCGACGCAGCAAGAAGCACGGCUACGACAAGGACACGAGCUCGUUCCCCUUUAAGAAUACCGAGUCGUACAGAUCCAAGAAGAAGGGUUUGUAAAGGGGAAACGGGAAACGAAAAGAGAGACAGAGAAAGAAUGUAGCUGUUGUAGACCGAGAGGAUUGGCAACCAACUGAAUGCUGGCGAACAUAGAUGGCUUGCAAAACAGCAAUGUUGCUUGUCCUUGACAAAUUUCAAUGGGCCUUGGCUGUCAUCCUAUGAAUAAGGCAAUACAAGAAAAAAGUCACCCUUCACGCUUUGCGCUGCCAAAAAUGCCUUGAUGAGAUGGCAUGUUCGGAGUCUUAUCCAAAGGUAAAGAGGCAAAGAAUUGAUACUGAGAAAAGCAGCCGUAAGCUGCUUCUUUAAGUGCAAAUCGAAACACACUCCCUAGUGUACAUAUAC